CUGCUAAGGAGUCUCGCCUAAGUUCGAGCGCGUCUCUCUUUACCAUCAUGAUGUCCCCCAGAACAGGACUCGUCCUUGCCGUCAACGCAGGCUCGUCGUCGCUCAAGAUAUCUCUCUACGCCCUUAGAGGAGGUACAACACCCUGUCUCCUACUCACGUCGUCAAUCUCAAGUAUAACCGCUCCACCGGCCAAAUUCUCUUUCAAGUCAGUCUCGACGGAACCCAAGAACAUUGUGUCUGACAUCCUGUCCAUCACCGACCACGCGUCCGCCUUCGCCCAUUUCCUGCACGUGCUCCAGGGUGAAGCAGACAUCGACAAAGGUGCUAUUGUGAAUAUCUGUCAUCGCGUUGUUCACGGCGGGGAUUACAGUGAUCCUGUCAUUAUCGGUGAUGAGACACUUCAUCACAUUGAGAGGCUUUCUGAUCUCGCACCACUACACAAUGGUGCUGCUCUGACAGUCAUCACUUCCUGCAUCUCUGUCCUCCCCAAUGCUAACUCUAUAGCAUUCUUUGAUACCGCCUUCCAUCGUUCAAUACCGCCGCAUAUAGCUAGCUAUGCCAUCGAUCAGGCCGUGGCCAACAAACGAGGUCUCAAGAAGUAUGGUUUUCAUGGACUUAGCUACUCCUUUAUACUUCGUUCGGUCGCCGAGUUUCUCGACAAGUCCCCGACGGAACUGAACCUCAUUGUCCUUCAUCUCGGGUCAGGCGCGUCAGUAUGCGCGAUAAAGAACGGUUUAUCGUACGACACAUCCAUGGGGCUCACACCACUCAAUGGCCUUCCGGGAGCUACGCGUUCGGGCGCCAUUGAUCCUAGUCUCAUCUUCCAUUAUACUAACAAAGCCGGAAGAAUCAGUCACGAUCCGGAACUCGCGACGCAGAUACACGUCACGCAAGCAGAAUAUAUCUUGAACUCCAAGUCAGGAUGGAAGUCUCUUACCGGAACGACCGACUUUGGGCUUGUUACCCGACGUGCAAAAAAAGGCUCGGAUAUGGACCAGCUCGCGUUCAAUCUUUUCAAGGACCGCAUCCUCAAUUACCUAGGGUCUUAUCAUCUGAAGCUCGGUGGUCGCGUCGAUGCAGUAGUCUUUGCUGGUGGUAUCGGAGAGCGCAGCGUGGAGCUCAGGGAAGCUGUUGCCGAUAAAUUGAAAUGCUUAGGCUACUCUGGCGUUAGCGGCGACAAUGGGAACGUGGAUAGUAAAUCUGAUCACGUCGUGAUCGAUAUCAGCGAGGGGACCCCGGAAACAAAGCGUACUCUGGUAUGUCGGACAGAUGAGCAGUUUGAGAUGGUGAGACAGUGCGUUCACAGUGAUAAGUUUUGGUCCACCGAAUGAUGAUGAGUAAUGUAUCAUAUUAAUCGAUUACAUGUAUCACC